AAACACAACAACAACAACGCAAAAAAGCAAAACAAACCAAUAUAAUAGAAGAAAGAUUGUCAAGGAGAGAAUGGCAUUGAAGAAGAGUCUCUCUGCUUCUCUUCUUUCCCCAUUUCUGAUCUUAUGUUUUACUGCAUUGCUCGCCGGUACGGUUUCAGUCGGAGCUCGGCGGUUACUAGAGAAUCCCACGCCGGAGAUAACGAAAUUUCCGGAACUACCUAAACCCGAGAUGCCCAAGUUACCCGAAUUUUCGAAGCCUGAGUUGCCUAAGAUUUCGGGGUUGCCUACGUUACCGGAAAUUCAGAAGCCCGAGUUGCCGAAGAUGCCGGAGAUUCCGAUGCCAGAGCUACCCAAGAUGCCGGAGCUUCCAAAGAUGCCUGAGUUACCGAAGAUGCCUGAAAUUCCCAUGUUCGAUGCUCCAAAACUGCCAAAACCUGAAGAAAUUCAAGAAACAAAAGUGCCGGCGUUUACAAUGCCAAAGUUUCCGGGAACUCCCUAAGCCCAUAUUACCAGAAUAAGGCCCAUUUAUUUUGGAGCCCAAUCCAUUUUUCUAUUUACUCAUCCUUAUUUUUCGUCUCGUUGAAAUGCGCUCAUACUUGUAUUCUAUCGGUCGUCUCUCUACUUGUAUGUUUCACACAUCUCGUUAUAUCUUAAUAGACUUAUU